UUUUAGUGUGUAAUUCUCUUGAACUUGGUAUCUAGUUUGGCCUACCAACCGUGAUUACGUUAUGUUUACAAACAAUAAUAGAAAAUUGGUCACCAGGAUUAAUUUACAAGAAAAUAAUUUACAUUAGUAAACCAUGGAUGAUGGCAUUCAACCUCCAGAUGACUUUGAUUGGAGAAAAGGAAAGAAUACAGCUGAAUGCAACAGAUAUAUGCUUGAACACCAACUUCAUUGUGAUAUAAUAUUCAUUGUGGGUUCUGGAGAUGAGAAGCAGGAGAUCUCUGCUCAUAAAUACAUACUUAUAACGCGUAGUGAGGUGUUUGAAGCUAUGAUAGUUGGUCCGUUACACGAACAUUCAGAUACGAUUGAAAUACCUGAUGUAAACCCACAUUCUUUCCGGAAGUUAUUAGAGUUUAUGUAUUAUGAUCAAACCAGGCUCAAUGAAGAAGACGCUUAUGAACUUCUGUAUGCCGCCCGAAAAUACCUAGUAACAGACUUAGUCAGACGUUGCUUACAAAGAUUGAAAACAAAAAUGUCCGUAGAAAACGUCUGUAUUAUACUUAGUUAUGCCGACGACGAUGGGACAGUAAAAAUUUGCUUGGAUUAUAUAUUUCGGUAUUCGCUAGAGGUAUUAAAAUCAGAUGGCUUUAAGGAACUUUCGCCAGAUAAUAUUAAAUUAAUUAUAUCGGACAAUCGACUAGGUGCUCGAGAGGAAAACAUAUUUGACGCUGUUGUUUUGUGGUCUGAACGAGAAUGUCAAAGACAAGGAAUCGAUAUACUUCCGGAAAAUCAGUGGAAAGUUUUAGGCGAUAUAUUAACAUUAAUUCGUUAUGGUAGAAUGGAUAGAGUUUUUUUCUUAAACGUUUGUAAAAAGUUUUUACCGCAAGAACAAUAUAUUGAUAUAGUAGAACACAUAGCAUCGCAUAUUGACGAGAAUAUUCAUCGCGGUUCGGAAUCUUUGAACUUACCGAGACCAUUUCAAAAUUCCAGAGGUGUGCAUUCGUAUUUAACAUGUGGAGCAGAAACUCGAACACAAGAAUAUUUAAGACGUCAGGGUGAAGUUCUGGACGGUACAAACGUUUCUGUCGAUGGAGAACACGAAUCUGCUACAUCGGACAGUGAUCGCAAUGUUUCAGAAAAGGAGCCAAUUCCAUCUGUUUUCACUCGUCGAUCGGAUAGAUUUAAAAUAUAUCGGUUUGCUCAUAACUCAUAUGUAAGAGGCAAAACAUACGAUAUGCACACACCAGAAUCAAUAUCGUUUUUGACAUCACAUAAUGUAAAUCUUCGUUCCAUAUAUCUUUACGGAAGCUGUGAGGGGGAGGGGGACUAUCAUAUACAUUUAGAAAUAUUUGAAGAUCUCGGUGGUCAGUUAUCUCUAAUGCAUUCGUCAGAAAGAGAUAUAACAACAAACGGUUCCACAACACCAUACGAGUUCGAUCUUGAACCUUCUAUUAGAAUACAAAGUGAAAGGGUAUAUACAAUAAGAGCAUUAUUUGAGGGACCUCCCAGUUAUUUUGGUACAAACGGUAUUUCAGAUGUUUCUAAAAAUGGAGUAUUGGUAUAUUUUAUUACAAAUGAUGAAUUAGGUUUGAAUUUAACAACAUCAGAAGGUGGUCAAUUCCCAGGACUACUGUUUGAAAGGUAGUCACAAAGGCACCAAGAGCGAACGCAUGAACCGAUUGCAACUCUGGUAAAAAGGAGAACACGUGAUAACCCUAAAUGAACCAAUUAUGAUCCUCUCAAAGAUAUCGCUCGAUGCAUUCAAGUUAGAUGCGUACGUUCUUGGCACCUGAUCUGACCCUGGCAAACAGUUGAACAUUGGGUAGUUGUUGCGGAAUAGUUUGGGUAAAGUACCCCAUAAGACCGGGUGUGUUCCUGUGUAGUUGUAGGUGUGGUUGUGGUUGGUCGGACGGGGACUGUCUAUUUCAUUAAGCCUCAUGUCUCGGUGAUCACAAACAAAUAGUAUGAAUUAAUAAGUAAGUUUUAUUGAACUAAAGUCCAGACAUUUGACUAUCAUUGAUUAUAACCACUUCAAAAUGAACACUUACAUCAGUUUGUAAUAUGGAAAAUGGAACGUAUAAAAACAACACAUUAAACAGAACUGAUACCAAUUGCUGAGUAAAUUAUAAAUAAGUCCCAUGUUAUAUUUAAACGUAUACCUAAGUUAUAAUUAAGAAUUCACAGGCUAUCUUCUUUGGUACAUGCACAACAACGAAAAUACCUUAAUUGAGUAGAAUAUAGAUAUAUACAAAAGUAAGUAAUAAGUAUAAUUAUACGUCUUGUUUUAAAGACCGAUUCGUAACACACAUCUUGUUCAAACCUAAAAGUACGUACUUUACAUACAUCUAAGUUAUUCCCCUUACUCCUAACUUAAAUUAAAGAGAAAAAGAAGAAGGAACAAAACUAAUGAUUUUAAAUAGUUCUUAAGUUGGGUACAUGUUAUAUUUAAAUGGAAUUCAUCUUCACCCUCCGAAUUAUACAAUAUGGUGAUGUGAUGUUGUUGUUUUUUAAUUUCUACAUUUAUGGGGCAUAUUUAGUUUUUUUUUUAAGUUUCUUGGAUAUAGCUCAUUGUCGAAACAUUACUUCUAGUAUUAGUCAAUAAGAAAUCCGAGUAAAAUUAAUUUUGAAAAGUGUAAAUAGUUCCGUGUUUAAAUUCCAAAAUUAAGGGCUGUGAACUUUGGCGUCAAGGUGUCUGGAAUGAAGUUCGAUUAGAAUAAUAAAUUUUCAAAAUCACAAAGAACCCGCCGGUCAACAUUUUAUAACACGCGGUAAUACCAACUCGAAAGUAUUAAACAGAUGCGAGUAUCGAAAGCUAAUGAUUUUGAGAAGACGGAUUAUCGGGAUAAUAUGUUCAGAUAAAAGAUGGUAUUUAUAAUUCGAUUCAAGAGUGAAAAUAAGGAGGAAAAUAAAACAUAAUUGAAAGAUUCAGACUAGAUUUUACUGAUUGUAAAAAGUUUUAUAACUGCAAGCUUGUGAGUAAUAUUAAACGCAAUGAAUAACAGUUUA